GAUCAAGCUGCCCCAGUCUCUCUGAGACGUUUCAGCUAUCGCGAUGGAUCUCAAUGAGCCUCUGCUCCCUGAGCCAGCCCAGGCAGGAAAGCCAGCACCUGCAACCAACAGUUCAGGAAUGAAACGAAACUGUUGGAUGCGAUUGGGCAUGGGUGAAAAGGCCUUGCUGGAUCUGCUGAAGGAUGCUGAUGUGGCAGCUGAGGCCUCCUCUGAGGACUCUGAAGGAUGCUCCGAAGUCAGCCACAGUUGUGUGGUGAUGGGACCUGCAGGUGCUGGCAAAACAACCUUGGUGAAUGUCUUGGGAGGAGUUGAUUUUCCAACGGGUCCUCAAGCCUCCGACAGGACUUUGGAGGCUCAAAGCUGUGACCUGAAGCUUCAGGAUGUGGGGACGGUGGUGCUCAUUGACACGCCCGGAUGGAGUCCUGACACAAGCGUGGACAUUGAGUCAGAGUACCAACAGGUCUUGAAGGAGAAGAAGCUCGUCUCAGAGCAUGCGCCUCACAUUGUCCUGUUGUGUGUCUCUGCCUCGAAUAUCCGACAGUUCCAGCACGAGGAUGCGAAGAAGAUGGGUGGCCAAUUGAUUGCGCUCAAGUUUGACCAGCGUUUUUGCAUCAAAGUUCUUCCCAUUGUCACCUUUGCAGACACCCAAGCUGAGAACGACUUGAAGAAGAUCGUGCCUGAAAUCAAGCAGCUGGUUGAAACAGUCUUCGAACAAACACGUUCAACAGUGGAGGAACCAGUCUUCACCAUGGUUCCACCAAAUGGAGAAGCUCAAGGAGUGGAGGAGGUCAAAGGUCGCGUGAGAAAGAUGCUGCUUGAGCAAGUGCAGUCUGAGGUGUCGAGCGACGCCAGUGACUCUGCUUCUGAGGGUUCUUCCUGGACCAAAUUUAGCUAUCCCACUGGAUCACCUGGAUCGGCUGAAUCCAGUGCCAAGAGCCCGGCACCGCUUGAGAAUGAGGUUCCAGCACUGCUUGCUCAUAUCACCAAACAUGCAAAGAAAGGAUUUGAAGAUACUCGAGUUCCGGCAACCUUUGUCGAGGAUGUGACCAAGGUGCCGUUUCAGCUGAUCCUCAACCAUAGCUGUUUGGUGGUGGGGCCUGCCGGCGGUGGCAAAACCUUACUGGUGAAUCAUUUGGGAGGAGUCCAAUUUGAGACUGGCCCCCUGGAGUGCCACAGAACUUUAAAGUUUCAAAGUUGUGACUUGAAACUGGAAAAUGUUACGGAGAAAUUGAGGGUCAUGCUCAUUGACACACCAGGCUGGAGCCCCAAAAAUACCACGAACCUCAGAUCAGGGUACCAGCAGUUCUUGAAAGAAAAUCAGCUGGUGUCAGAGCAUGCUCCGUAUAUCGUCUUGUUCUGCGUUUUUGCCUCCAAUAUCCGACAGUUCCAGCACGAUGAUGCGAAGAAGAUGGGUGACGAAUUGCAAAAUCUCAAGUUUGACAAGAGUUUCCCAAUCAAAGUUCUUCCCGUUGUCACCCAUGCGGACGUUCGAGCUGAGAGCCAAUUGAACUCAAUCAUGGAUGUCAUCACGAAACACAUGGAAACGGCCUUCAAAAAGAUUGGGGCAACAGUGGAGAAACCCGUUGCAACAAGAGUCCCGCCAGCUGGAGAAGCUCAAGGAGUGGAGGAGGUCAAAGGUCGCUUGAGAAAGAUGCUGCUUGAGCAAGUGCAGUCUGAUAACUUCAGUCGCCUUUGGCGCUUGGCCCUUGCAAAAAGCAUAGUUUCUGAAACGAAGGAGCACGCAAAGAAGUUUCCAGAGAACGAAUCAUCUUUCCGCUUGUGGAAGAGAGCCUUUUGCACAGUGGCAGCUGGUUGCGGAAAAGAAAUCUCUGAUUUAGAGGAAUUCGAGGAGAUUACAGCCGCACUUGUAAAGUGUGACCAGGUUGAGGAGUUUCCAUGGUGGACUAUCUCGUUGAUUCCACGCAGUCAGACAGAGACUUGGCUGCCGCCAUUUUCGUACCAGGCAAGUUGCUUUCGAAAGUGGCUGGCACCCUUUCUCCUCAUUGUCAUGGUGAUCGUGCUCUUGUUUUCGACUCUUCACACCUGGGAUAUGGAGGCGAGGUUUGACCAAAUGUCACAUGGCCUUGAGGAGGCCAAGGCCAACGAAACAAAGGUCAAGAACGAGAACAAGGCCUUACGUGGUGAGUAUGGCAAGAUGUAUUCGUGCAGCUGGACACCUCAACCAGGGCAGUGCAUGGGCUUGUCACAGCUUGACCGAGUUUGGACAGCGAAGGAUUGCAGAGAAGUUUGCUGCAGAAUGGGUCCGGAGAUUUGUUCCACCUGGCAGUUUGACGGCAAAUCUUCUGAGUGCUGGCUUGGGACUCCUACGGAUUGCAGUGAUGAUGAUGACGGCUGGGCUGGAGGUCGCUUGAGCAGCGCUUGAGCAGCGGCCAGAGGCCAUAGUAAAUCCUAUUGGAAACAUUUUAG